CAACAGGGCUCUCCAUGGAUCUGUCUUACUACCAUGGCCCUCUGACCAAGCAGGAUUGUGAAACCUUGCUGCUCCAGGAAGGGGUGGAUGGCAACUUCUUGUUGAGAGACAGCGAGUCUAUACCAGGAGCCCUGUGCCUCUGUGUCUCGUUUAAAAACUUUGUCUACACAUACCGAAUCUUCAGAGAGAAACACGGGUAUUACAAGAUAAAGACUGCAGAAGGGACUCCAAAACAGAUCUUUUCAAGCCUAAAGGAAUUGAUCUCAAAAUUUGAAAAACCGGAUCAAGGUCUGGUGGUUCAGCUUUUAAAACCAAUCCGGAGAAGAAGCCCAUGCCCCAGCAAGAAAAGAUCAAAACCAGAGUUGGAUGCUAUUUAUGAAAACAGUGACCAUGAUUAUGUGCAUGUCUUGCCUUGAAGAUAUGGAGCCUGGACAAAGCAAGUUCAAGAAGAAAUGAGGUGGCAGCUCUCAUUUGGUGAUUCUCUCUCCUGCAGGUGUUAAGUCCAGAAUGCCAAGCUCCAGUGGACAAGUCAAACUUUCCUGGCCUGGGUAACUGAAGAUCUUCUAUCUGCCAGCCCCAGAGAAGUCACUCCCCACAUCCCUGCUUCCCACGCAUAUUCUAAAAGAAGUUUCCAGCCAGCCCCCCACCCCACCCCUUUCACCUCUCUUCCUUAUUGGAAUCAGACAACCUGGACCUAUUCUCCUUGCCUUGUUAAAGGUCCUACCACUGCUUUGUCAUGAUUGUUACUCUCCUGACAAGCUGAUCAGAGAGGGGUGCACACUUGCCACUGUGAUCAGAGCCAUGAGUUCAAGCCCUGUGACUGCUUUACCUUGGAAAAACCUCACCCUUUCUCUAGGUCUUAGUUUCUUCAUGUGUAAUGCAAAUGGUUGAGUGGGAUGGUGCACACUGCCCCAAACCCCCUGUUGGACCUGGUUGUAUUGUGUGAAUUUGGGGAAGUUGGGAGUGAUGGAAAUUUAUACAGCAUCAAUGGGAUCAGGAUCUCAGCUGUCACCUUCUGCGUAGCUGUCUGUAUUGGUCUUGGUCAUGGUAAGGACCUUGAUCCACCACACACACCCAUCUCCAGCCAGGUAUAUUUUCUCUCUAGCUCUGCUCCUUUCUAAUCUUGGUCUUCUUGCCAUAAACCUGGACACACUUUCUUCCUGAUUCUAUUCAAGCACCAACCACUUCAGCAGUGGUUGUACAAUGUACAGCAUUGUAGAGUAGUUCUGUACAAUGAUACAUACUCCCCCAUUUGUGAUUUCUCUUCCCAUCAAGGUUCUCAGUGUCAUCAAAACAUGAUUGGAUCUCCCUUGAGCCUUCCACAGCAUGUAGAAAUAUGUGCUGCAUACAAACGUGUCUCAUUCCUAGAGACUAUCGAUUAGAAGCACAUCUCUGAAAAGUUUGGUGCAUUGGUAAAGCCCCUUCAAUUUUUCUACUAGUUCAAAUGGUAAUCAAGACCUCCUUCGUUCUGAAUGUACCAAGUUCUAUGACCUUUCUCUUGCCAUCUUCAAAAUGUAACGGUUCAUUUCAUUCCACUGGUUUUCCAAGUUUAUUGAAGAGAGGAACUCUAAAUUUCCAGAUAACAUGGACAGGAACUGUGGCUGGGGCCCCAAAGUAUGAAUAAUUUAGAGUUCCUGGGUCACAGCAAUCCAUGGCUACUACAAAGACAAGGAGUGAAAUGCCAUAUUCAGAGAGCUGUGGAAGCCAAGUCCUUCUGGUCAAUUCAGUGAAGGAUGCUGGAAGCAAGCCUGCUCCCUGGGACUCAGUUCUAUGUCUUGAA